AUGGGCGUGACUGCUUUUGGCAAGCUCGUCAGACGUGCAUGUUUAGAAGAUGAUGAUGAUACCGAAGAGAAAAAUACAGGUGGAUGGAAGAAUACAAAAAUGGAAAACAUUUUGAAUGAAUUAAUGAUUGAACAAUUGCAUUCAGAUAUUAAUUAUGAGAACUCUUAUAAUCAAUGUUUACCAUUUAAUUGUACUUAUACGUAUGUGAAACGAUGGAGAAAUCUAAUGCAUGCAAUUGUAAAUGUUAUUGAAACAAUCGGUGGAUUAUCAACUGUGUUAAUCAUUAUAACACCAUCAAUCAUUAAACUAAUACUAAGAAUCAAAGAUCCAAAGACCAGAGAAUCAGGUAAGUGA